GAAAAAAAACCAGAACACCAAGACUCGGCGUGGCAUCAUCUCUCUGCCUUCUUCUGCUGACGCACACCCAUUAAAUUUAUAUUACACACUUCCUCAGACCAUUUUCCACCACACUAACCACCACCAUUUUCCAUAUUUCUCUGCUGAAACACUGCAUUUGCAAUCUGAAAAUCUCAGAUACCAAAACACCGAUCGAAAACGUAAAUAGUUAGAAAUAUGGUGGCGAUUUCGUUUGUGUAUUCUUCUUGCCUUACUGGCUCUGCUGCAAUUCAACCCCCUUCGCUUUUUUCUUCUCAAAAUCCCAACCACAAAUCUUCGCUUUCUCUAAACGGGAAGAGACUCGGCACUGGACUCCAAAACAAGAACUUCAACUUCUGUGUGAAAGCUGCUCAGAAGAGAAAUUUGGAGGCUGUGGGGGUCCCAACUUCGGUGCCGGUUCGUGUGGCACAUGAGCUUCUUCAAGCUGGACACAAAUAUUUGGAUGUCAGGACUCCUGAGGAGUUCAGUGCAGGACAUGCCCCUGGGGCUGUCAACAUUCCCUACUUGUACAAAGUUGGAUCAGGGAUGACAAAGAACCAAGAAUUUCUAGAACAAGUGUCAUCACAUUUCAGAAAACAUGAUGAGAUUAUAGUUGGAUGCCAGCUUGGGAAAAGAUCGAUGAUGGCUGCAACUGAUCUUGUAGCUUCUGGUUUCACUGGCAUUACAGAUAUAGCUGGUGGGUAUGCCGCUUGGACACAGUGUGGACUUCCAACAGAGAUAUGAAAUGGGAUUCUGGAGAGAGAGAGAGAGAGAGAGGUUUGGAAUCAAGGUAAUGGGAAGGGAAGAAAUCACAAAAAAAUUGGCAGUAGAGCCCUGCAGAAACAUGGAAACUUGGUUCCAAAGAAUUUAUGGUGAAAAUGUGGCAACAUAAAAUGUCACAAGCAAAAGAAAAUUACUAAAUAAAUUAGCUAACUAGCUUUGUAAAGAUGUUAUGGAAAGGAAAUGCUCCACUUUUACAAUUUUGUAUGCUCUAUGCUUGGAGUUUACAACCGCAAACUUGGCAUCCCAUGUUAAUAAUCCCUCACUAUUGAUACUCUGUUGAAUUGAAAUUAUUAUGAUUCUUGAUU